AUGGCUUACCAGAAGGAUAGAAUUUUUAAGCGGGUAACUGUCAAUGAUCCAAUGGAUCAAACAAGAGCCGCAGGAGGGUGUCUUCUUGACUCCUUUGAGUCACUGAUACGACUGUGCACCGUUGCUUUUGGGGUCGCAGUGUGCGGCUUCAAGCUGCAGGGCGUCCCUGGGAAAAGCACUUUUCCAGAAGAGGCUGGAGGUCACUUCAGCCAUGCUGGGAUCUGGAACCAAGCGAGUUGGGAGGACUUUGUGGAGUACACUAAAGGCCCUCCUGGGGAGUAUGUUGACGUCACCUUAGUGGCACAGAAGGAGCCUUCCUACCAAGCUUGCAACCCUUUGAUUCUUGGAUAUGCUGCUGCUUUGAGAGGGAGUAGGAGUAGUAGCCCGAGUGCUUCGCCUGUGGGCUCUGAAAGGUCCGCCUCAGCCACCAGAGGGCGCAUCACCAGCAUGUGCCACUCUUUGACAUCCAGGGCGUCUGUGCAAACCAGACCCCCAAGCUCUCCUUCUACCAACACAAGGUCCCUAUCCCCAACCCCUGCCAGACCUCCGUCAUCAGAUUCUCAGCCUUCACCUCUUGAUCACACCAUGCGCUACCCCAGCGGUAGGCGAUCGCCCUCUCCUGGUCCUACCGCGCAGGUUCAGCGGCCGUCAUCUGGGUUGUCCGGAAAAUUUUUGACUGGGCCUAACCACAACUGUCAUACCUGCAGUCAGAAGCUGAAAGACAGUGACGACUUCAUCUCUCAUGCAAAGAAGCACAUUGUUGUAUUGCCCCAACGGCUGUGGAGCUCUCAAACACCUGGUUUGGCCGUUUGCCCCAAGGCCAGCUGGGGUAGUGCUGCCGAAGUCCGGUUCGGUCCAGUUCUUGGGGGUGUUUUGUCGAACCCAGAACUGAACCUUCGGUCCAGUUCAGCGCAGGAGGCGAACCCUGGACCAGACCAUUCAUAA